AACGAACCAUUUGUUUUUAUCAUUUUAGCUUUGAAGUUUCCAGACAAUUAUUACACAGAUAAUCAUUCAAAAUUCUCACCAAAUGACGGAUUGGACUUUGGCAUGUGAUAAUGAGACAUCUGAAUAUUAACUAAAAGAAAUACUGCUUCUCAAAAGUUGUGGAUAAGUGGUUAGCACAGAUGUUUCUUAUGCUGGAGGUCCCAGGUUCAAAUCUCGGCCUGGUGCGACUUUUUUUUUUUAAAUCCCGGGAUAGUACUGUGAAUUAGGCCACUGAAUGGGUCACCCACACCAAAGAAUGUUACUCUCAAAAUUAUGAUUCAAAUUUUGCUAUUAUGAUGGCAGCCUUCUGGACAUAAUGUCAAAUUGCAGCUGCCUGUUUGUCAAGCUUGGCAGUUGACAGUGAUAUUUGUGGGGGAACAUGGACACAGAGAACAAGGAAAAUGCAGAGGAGCUGGGCCGCAGCACUGUAGAGCUGAUGGUGCAAUCCCCAUACAAGUCAGAGCUGCGUGGCCGUCUCAGGGCUACCAGCGAGAGGAGCAAAAAAUUAGGCGAGGCAUCGCAGGUUGCCGAGUCUAUGGAAUACACCUGUGCUGCCUGCCAGCGCAACUUCACAAACCUGUCGGGUUUCAGACGCCACCAAAAGUUCUGUCAGGGAACAACUUCCACUGCUUCUUCUGUGGAGGAGGUGACAGUGGCUAAGAUUGAGACAGAGCCUGUGCAGGACCCAGACUUGGAAGUAGCGGCAGAUCCCUUGGCUCCAGAUAUGUUGGACAAUGCACUCAGGGACAAGAUGAAAGGAGUGAUGCUGACAAAGGUGAAUGAACUGAUUGAUGAGACGACAGCAAUGGGCCCUGGAAAGUGUCACUGUUGUGGGGAGGACCUGGAGACAGCACACCUGGGAGGCGAGUUUGAAUGUAUGGACUGUGCAAAGAAUUUCAAACUAAAGUCAAGUCUAGAGCGACACCGACGUGUAAUCCACUUGGAAGGAGACACAUACUCCUGCCCAGAAUGUGAGGCACGCUGCCCUGACAAGGGCACCUUGGCUCGACAUAUGUACACACACACAGGGUUGAAGCCAUAUUCAUGCACACGUUGCAAGAAGCAGUUCAGUCGCAAGUACCACCUGGAGCGCCACGUGAUCCAGACAGGAUGUGAUGGCAACCCACGCCCUUCACACCCUUGCCAGGUGUGUGGACGGAUGUUCAGUCGCAAGGAUAACCUUCGUGAGCAUCUGCGUGCACAUGCAGGACAGGUGAAACGCAAGAAGAAGUACAACUGCCAACAUUGCAACAAGGAAUUUCAUGGCACCACACUGCUGCAGAUACACAUGCGCACACACACAGGGGAGAAGCCGUACCAGUGCGACUUCUGUAGCAAGAGCUUCCCGUCCAGCGGUGCCAUGAAGAAGCAUCGACGCAUGCACACGGGGGAGCGGCCGUACGAGUGUAAAGAGUGCCUUGCCAAGUUUGCUGCAAAGGAGACACUGAACCGCCAUGUGAGGACACAUACAGGGGUGAAGCCCCACAGCUGCCAGUUCUGCGGCAAGAGCUUCAUACAGGCAUCCCAGUUACGGGCCCAUAUCUUUCACCACACUGGAGAAAACGGCUAUACAUGCGAGCACUGCGGCAAAGCUUUCAAUCGCCGGUCCCGCCUCAUUAUGCACGUCAAAUAUGUUCAUGAGGGAGCCAAGCCGUAUGAAUGUGAACAGUGUACCAAGACGUUUGUGCGCAAGGAAGACCUUGCGCGUCAUGCAGUGCUGCACACUGGGAUCAAGGCACACAAGUGCCCAAUCUGCGAGAAGUGUUUUGCGAUGAAGUCGUCCCUCAAGAUCCACCUGCUGACACAUACAAAAGAGCCACCACGUUCAUGUGAUGAGUGUGGGCGGGCGUUCAUACGCCAAGACUGCUUGUUGCGUCACAUGCGCACUAAGCACCGUGACAUGCUAGAAGAAAUCCUUGCGGAGGCAGAGAAGAAAAAGUUACAGCAGCAGCUGUUGGCGGCAGCAGGCGGUGGUGAUGUGGGGACUUUGCCCCCCAGCAGGGAUCCGAUACCUACGGCAACCACGGCUGCCAUCGAGCUGAAUACUGGCACGCUCGGUGAGAGAGCACUAGCCGACUCGGUGCGGGAGCUACUCACUCUGCUGGUGGAUGAAGCAACACUGAAGGCAUUUGGGUGGCCGGGUGCUCCUGUGGAUCGGCUGCUAGAGGCUGUCAUCAGACGCUGUGGCCAUCAGCCUGUGGGUGCUGGUGAUGAUUUACCAUAUACUGACCGCCUCAGAGAGAAUGCUAAGCUGCUGUUCACUGUGGUGAUUGAUGAUUCUGCUGUUAAAACUCUUCUUAACAACCAGACUGUAGACGAGGUUAUCCUUCACGUUCUGCGUCUUGCUAAGUCUUAGGUAGAUACCCCAGUGCUUAUAACGAACAGAUGCAACUCAAAAUGUAAGUUAACUGCUGUGAAUGAUAUCAGAAUCAGACAUGAAUGAGGAGGUGGCAGAAUUUUCACCAUUUGGUGACAAUACCAAUGGAGUUGUACUGCUCAAAGUCAGAUUCACUCAUCUAAUUUCAGUGUUUGGACAAGCAUUUAUUAUAUUUUUUCCUUUUUUUGUAGAUGUGCAUAAAUGAUUAAUACUACAAUUAAAUUAUAGUAAGGACACAUACUGUAACAAAUUAGGACAGGUCACAUGGAGCAUAUACACAGUCUUGCAUUAGAUUUCAUCUUCUACAAUUUAUGAUUUUUCUUCAGAGAAAUGUCAUCUAUUGGACAUAUAAACUGUAACAGUGAUUAUGUAGCAUGAUGGUUUUUAUUAGGUUGGUAGUGAAAUCAACUCACUCAAAUACAGGCUGACAAAGAGAGAGAAGUAACUUGCAAAUGGGCCCAGACAAAACACAGUUUAACAAUAUGAGUCACACUGUAUACAUAGAUUUUGAAAACUCCAGGCCCUUUCUCAGAAAUGUAAGUACAGAAUGUCCUAUAAUCCUGGAACCAUAUUCAAUGCACUUGAAUGGCUCGAUGAACACUUUCAUGAAACAAUGGAAUGGCCACCAGGAUCCCAUGACCUGACAUCUGUGGGACCAUCUGAAAGGCAAGGCGUAUGCUGAUGAAGUACAUGGUGUUGAGAAGUGGAACUAUCGAUGCAUGCAGUGAGACCUCACGCCACGCUAUUAGAAUGGCAGGAACAUCUGCAUGUGUAACAGCUGUGUUACAAUUCUGAUAAUGACUAUGGAUGCAGACUUAUGGGACUCUCUCUGUGUGUGUUUAUAUGUUAUUUUCACUUUGGUCUAAAAGUAAACACAGAGAAAACUAAGUAUACGUUGACAUCUUGUCACCAGAAUGCAGGGCAAAAUCGUAACAAUAGAUAGCUAAUGGAUUCUUUGAAAACGUGGCAAAGGUCAGAUACUUGGGAGCAACAGUAACAAAUCAAAAUUUGAUUCAUGAGGAAAUUAAGAGCAGAUUAAAUUUGGGUAAUGCUUGCUAUCAUUUAGUUCACAAACCUCUGUCUUCUUGUCUGCUGUCAAAAAUGUAAAGCUUAAAAUAUACAGAAGUUUUAAUUUU